AUGUGGUGUUACACUAUUGUUUUGAUUUUGGCUGUUGUUUCGGCAGUUAGAUUGUCACCUGAUAAAUUUGAAUGUACCACAGCAGGUUAUCUGCAGUAUGUUGAGGAAUACAAGUUAUUUAAGGGAGAGAACUAUCAUGAUAAUGACACUGAACUGGCAUUCAUUGCCACCUGCAAUAAGAUGAAAGAUCGUGCUUCUUAUGUGAGAUACCAGCAGGAGUUCACUAUUUUGAGUGAUUUCACUAAGGACACUCUUGACCAGCUGAUGGAUCAGAGUGCUCUUGUCUAUGCUGGACUUGGUUCCUAUUAUGAUGGAGCUACCCAUGAAGGAGAGGAAAAAGAACUUACAUGGACUACUAUGGAUCGUGUUUUUGAAGAUGUUGAGGAUGUCCCCUACUCUCUGGCCAAGAAUUUCGAAGGAGUGACGGAGGCUGGUCAGAGUACUUCUUGGGCCACCACUACUAUUAAGGCUGCUGAGAAGGCUUUGGAAUUCGGAAAGGUUCCUGGUGUAAAGCUUUCCUGGAGAUAUCUUUUUGAGUGCAUCUAUGGUGAUAAUCCUGAUGACAGCUAUAAGAAGGAAGGUGUUCCGCCUAAGGAUAUUAUUGAGUUCAUUCGUGAAAAGGGUCUUGUCACUGAAGAUGCUAUUAUUGCCCAUGAAUGCUUUCCUCUUCAAUGUAGAGGAAGCUGA